AUGGACAUGAAUGCUGGACCCGGCGAAAUCCCACCUCGUGCUUGGAGUCCAAGAGAGAAUGCAUCUCCCGAACAACCCCUCGACCCCGUCGUCCCAGGAAAUAUGCAACGUGACCCCCAAGAUCAACUCCAACAAGCUCAAGCCAUUCCCCCUGGUCCAUCCAGCACGUUCAGCAUCGACUUUUCCGUGUCAACGGCAGCAGAGGUUGACGAGAACUUUGAAACACUACGCGAGACUCACGACGCAGUAAUUGGAAAGCUCUUCCCCGAGGACGAUGAAGAAAUGUCUCCCUUCCCAGACUCUGUGCGGAGCUUCCAGACACCGACGUCGUCGUCGACGCAGUCCCAUUCUAUUCAUGACUUGCAUACAAAGCCAUCCUUCAACGUGGCGUCUGCGGAGUCACUCUUGCGUUUCUUCCACUCCAUGUUGAAGUACUUUCCCUUUAUCACAUUACCGGAGGACACGGCCAUUAGACAGCUGGCUGCGACGAAGCCGUUUGUCCUCCUGGCUAUUCUGUCAUCUACAUCUGGUUCCAAGACUUUGCAAGGUCACACUCUUUAUGAUGAAGAAUUCAGAAAGGUGCUGGGAUUGAAAUUUGUUGCUGGUGGUGAGAGAAGCCUGGAGCUUCUUCAGGGGAUACUUAUAUAUUGCGCCUGGUACCCAUUUCAUCUGAGACCGAAAAACAAACAGGCCUUUCAAUACAUGAGGAUGGCUGCGGACAUGAUUCACGACCUUGAGCUUGAUCAGGAACAGGCUUUCCCGAGCGUGUAUUCAGACUCGCCUGUUCUGACGGAUGAACAAAUCGAUAGUAUACGCGCAUAUUUAGGCUACUUCUAUGUAGUGUCAACGUUUCUCGUCACUUGGAAGCGUAACAAAGGCAUCGACAUUGCUUACACAACGUGGACAGCCAAAUGUUGUGACUUACUCGAGCAGCACGGCAAAACACAUGGCGACCGCGUUCUAGCUGCGCAAGCCCGCGUAGCUGGUAUUCUAUUCCAAGCCGGGAAGAUAAUGAACCAUAAAUACAGCAACUCGGAAGAAGACAGACGUAUCAUGCUGGCUGGCUUCAAAGCAGAACUAGCACAGUUUGAAUCCUUCUUACCACAUUCCAUCAGUUCCCUCGUCUCGCUCAGGAUACAAAUCCUCUUCAUAAGAAUGUAUCUCGACGGCGGCACUCUCCUCAAACUCCCCCGUCCCAUGCCCUCCGAAACUCACAAAUGGGAGCCCCUCCCAUCCACGAAAGCAAAAUUAAGCGACUGUGUCCACAGCCUAGCAACCUUGUAUCAAGAGCUCAUGAGUCUAGACGAUUCCGAAUUCUCGUGCUUCACGCUCGUGGACUGGUCUCGGCCCAUACUAGCCACCAUCAUCGGCAUCAGACUGUCCUUCAGGAUCGCAGAAUGCCCCGACUGGGACAGCGAAUGGGCACGAUCACAACUCAAAUUGGGUGAAUUCCUAGCACACAUGUCUGAUCAAAAGUCUGAUCUGACACCUGCUUCGAAAAAGGUGGACAUUUUGUCCGCGAGCCGUACGGUCAUGGCGGUUGUGCGGGACAAGUAUCUGAAGCGGCUGGCGGCUGUGGAACGUAAUAGCAAGGCACCGGGAGGAAUUACAUGUCCGAUGCUGGAUGGGAGUAUGGAGAGUUAUUUUCCGGUUUGGGAUGCGGCGUUUGAUCCGCCGCCUAUGAUGGAGGCUGUGGGUGAAGGGGCGGAUGGGCAGUUGAUAUUUCAGGAUCUUUGGUCCACUAUGACGAUGGGGUGGGCUCAGGAUGGGUUGAACUAUUGA